GAAAAUAAUGGGUUCAUGCGCGUGGUAUUUAUAGUAACAGACACACCAGCGGCACGUGACCCACUGAAGCGCCUCCCCUACACGGCUAUCCUCCCUUAUUAUGUUCACGUUUAUAUCGACAGUGAAGUGCUUUCGAGCCAAGUUGAAAUGGAUGUGAAGGAAUCACAACAACAACAACAACAACAACAACAACAACAAAAGCAAUAUUUGAAGGAGUUCAGGACCGAGCAGUGCCCGCUGUUUUUGCAGCACAAAUGCACACAGCAUAGACCCUUUACCUGUUUUCACUGGCAUUUUCUAAACCAGCGAAGACGGAGACCGAUCAGGAGAAGAGACGGGACUUUUAAUUACAGCCCCGAUGUCUACUGCACGAAGUACGACGAAACAACAGGCAUAUGUCCGGAUGGAGACGACUGCCCAUACUUGCACCGGACCACUGGUGAUACAGAGCGCAAGUACCACUUGCGCUAUUAUAAGACUGGCACCUGCAUCCAUGAAACAGAUGCCCGGGGGCACUGUGUAAAAAAUGGUCUCCAUUGCGCCUUUGCUCAUGGGCCUCAUGACCUCCGGCCUCCAGUCUAUGACAUCAGAGAGAUACAAGCACAAGAAGCUUUGCAGAACGGCCAGUUGGGUUCUGGAGAGGGAAUCCCGGAUCUGCAGCCGGGAGUUCUGGCCAGCCAGGCCAUGAUCGAGAAGACUCUUAUUGAAGAUCCUCGAUGGCAGGACACCAAUUUUGUUUUGGCCAACUAUAAAACAGAGCAAUGCACCAAGCCCCCUCGUCUAUGCAGACAAGGCUACGCCUGUCCCCAUUACCAUAAUAGUCGAGAUAGAAGACGGAAUCCACGCAAGUUCAAAUACAGGUCAACUCCGUGCCCAAGUGUAAAGCAUGGUGAUGAAUGGGGAGAGCCUUCAAAGUGUGAGAGCGGAGACAGCUGUCAGUAUUGCCACUCACGCACCGAGCAGCAGUUUCACCCCGAGAUAUACAAGUCUACAAAAUGCAAUGACAUGAAGCAAACUGGAUACUGUCCCAGGGGGCCAUUCUGUGCUUUUGCACAUGUUGAAAGAAUUCCUUCUACUGAAGAGACCAUGAGCACUCUGCUCACAGCAAUGCAGUCAGGCUCUCAGGCUAAGCUGGGCUCCCAACAAUAUCCCGAGUGUCUCGGCAGUGACUGGAGCAGCAACACCAAUUCCAUCAGCAGCAGCACCAGCAACAACGGGCAGAUGGCAAGCGUGUCAUGCACUAAUAGUUCAACUGUAACAUCAAGCUCAGGAAGCACCAGUUCAUUGUCCCCAAUUGGACCCAUCGGCAGGCCCAAAAGCUUUACUAAUGGUAGCUUAUGUUCAGAGUCCACCACGUCCAGUGUUUCGUCUCCAACGUCUAACUAUCCCAAAGCACCGGGCUUUGAACGGGAGGACCAGGCAAAGAACCAUAAAGGACCGUGUGGAGAAAAUAAUCAGAAGAUAACUGACCAAGAUAAGCAGAGCCACAGCAGCAUAUUCUCGGUGGUGAACCCACUGGCAUCAAGCAUAACAUCAAGCAUCACAUCCAGCCUAGCCUCAAGCAUUGGUUCAGACAGCUCCUCACCCACUACAUUAUCAACUAUGAAUGCAAAAGCUACUCCUUUCUAUCCAGGAAGCAAUACGGUUGAGUCAGUAAUAGGCUCUGCACUUGACCUAAACUUCAAUGACAUCAGUGUUGCCUCCCUUGAUAAAGACCUAGAGGACCAAGACAAUAAUGGCUUUGUAACAAGUCAAAGGUUAUUAGGAGGCUCAGAUCCUGUCAACAUUCCUGGCUCUCUGGCACGGUGUUCAUCGCUGCAUUCCUCCUCCUCUCUGUCCGCCUCCCCCCUCAGCUCUCUGUCCCAGUCAUUGUCCCAGUCAUUGCUCAGUGGAAUGGCUUCUCAGCAGAGCCAGACACAGGGCUUGCCAGUCAAAACCGAGCACAAUCUCCUAGGGACACCUACAUCUACUCAAAACUCUUUAGGGUUGAAUGGUGGAGCUGGAGGUAUAUGGGACUUUAUGAGUGGCAGCCUCUCGCCAAGUCCAUCUCCAGUGUUCAGCUCAAGUAUGGUCAGCUCUAGCAGUGGAGACCUGGCCCGACUCCUCCGUGAUCUGGACGAGGCCAAGAAGAAAAUCAAGCAGUGGGAGGAUGCCUGGCACCAGGUCAAACAGGCAUGUGAAGCAUGGCAGAAAGACGCAAAAGAGGCGAAAGAGCAGGCGAAGGUGGCGGAGGCAGAGAGGCAGCUGGCCGAGCAGAAGCGCAAGGACUCCGAGCUCAAGCUAAAAGAGCUGCAAGGAGACUUUGACACACUAUGUCGUUCACCCAGCACGCCUCUGCUGCGCAGCUAUGGAGACCUGGACCAGCUCCCACUGCCAAAACUCCACUCCAUCCAGAACCAGCUGCGCUCAGACCUCGACCUUAUCGACGGGGUGUGUGUAGCUCAUGGGCAGAUCACUUGGCUAGAGAUGCCAUAGAAAAAACAAUCAUUGCCUAUCUUAGUUGUGUUAACCAGCUCAAACUCUAGAUCAUAUUGCAUAAAUGUUUUUGUUGGACUGUCGAGGCCAGGUAUUGAGCAGCUAACAGCACCCAGGUAUUCCUUUAUACAAAAAAAACAUGGAAAAGCUUUGAACAACGUGCUCAUCCAUUUUUGAAGCGAGGUUGAAGAGGGCGUGUCAUUUCUAAGUGGCUGACACAAAUUUGUUGUUAUGGAUCACACUUUAUUAUUGUUUGUGUGUUCACCACUUAAAAAUAUUUCAUUCUAAAGUCAGUUGACAGUCGUGUGUCCUUUUUUUGUCAGAUGUUUCAGUCAGAUGAGGGAGUGUAUCCGCUUAUUAGGUUUCUGGACCACAGUAUAGAUUUUAGGUUAAAAAUAAAUGGAUAAAUAAAUGAUGCAGUUGCUGCAUCUGGAAUGUGGCAGGCUAUGUACAGAAGAAAAAAAAGAAGUCUUGAAAUCAGACAUUCAACUGAACCAAAGUGGCAUUGUAGUUUCCUUUUUUUGUUGUUGUUAUCUUACUUAAAACCUUCAACAUAAUAAUUUCUAAUUCUGACAGCCAUUCGUGUUUAAUUAGACAGAAACUAUGCCAACUGCUUUUGCUGACAAUAUUAAUGGAUUUAAAGUUUUUGUAGUUUUACCAAAGACCUUUACUGUUUCCCCCCCUUUUUAUUUCUAUGGAGAUAUUUUCAGUUUAGCAUUUAAAUGACUUGGUUAAAAAGAUCAGAUUUAAAAUGGUCUGAAUGUUAUUUACACUGCUGUGUGCAUUUAAAAUAACUAACGGUAUCAGUCUAGAACUAAAGGAACUGUGUAUUUCUUGUUCAUUCAUGUAUUAGGACUGAAUUGGCUGUUAUCAUUAGCGACGGAAUGCCAUGGACAUGAAUCAAAUUUGUGUUAAUAAUCCUACGUGGCCAUAUGGAUGAGUGCUUAUUUGAAGUAUAUACAAUUUCUUUCUUUCUUUCUUUUUUUAAAUGCUAAUAGUACUUUAUAGUAAAAUUAUUACGCCAGUUUUGAAAUAUUAGUGAUUGUGCACUACUUGUAUGCUGUCAAAAAUGUAAAAGAGUGUGUUUGGACUGUAGGGUGCUUUCUUUAGUUUCCAUUUGACUGGUGUUUGUUUAGUUUUGUUUUUUUUUUUUUUAUUAAAAAAACAAAAACAAAAUUGCAUGAAUUGCAAUGCACAUUUUGCAAUAGUCUUAUUUGAGUUAAAAAUGUAUUCUUGUAGUGUGUCCAAAUUGUACAUCAUGAUUUAUCAAGAUGACUAGACCUACAACCCCAUUCCAAAAAAGUUGGGAUGCUGUGUAAAAUAUAAAUAAAUGUAAUUAAAAACAGAAUGCAAUGAUUUGCAUAUCUCAUAAAUCCAUAUGUUAUUCACAGUAGAACAUAGAAAACAUAUAAAAUGUUUAAACUGAUUAAAAUAUACCAUUUUAAGGAAAAAAUAAGGUAGUUUUAAAUUUCAUGGCCACAACACGUCCCAAAAAAGUUGGGAUGGGGACAACAAAAGUAAAUGUUAGUAAAAAGAAACAGCUGGAGGUUAAUUGGGAACAGGUCAGUAACAUGAUUGGGUAUAAAAAAGGAUUCUUAGAGAGGCAGAGUCUCUCAGAAGUAAAGAUGGGCAUAGGUUCCAAUCUGCGUAAAACCGCAUCUACAAUUUCUGGAACAAUUUCAGAAUAAUGUUCCUCAAUGUAAAAUUGCGAAAACUAUGAAUAUCUCAUUAACUACAGUACAUAAUAUCAUCAAAAGACUUUGAGAUUCUGGAGAAAUCUCUGCGCAUGGGACAAGGGUGAAAAUUAAUAUCGUUUGCCUGUGAUCUUCAGGCCCUCAGGAGCCACUGCAUUAAAAACAGGCAUGACUCUGUAAUGGACAUCACUGCAUGGGCUCAGAAACACCUCCAGAACUCAUUGUCUGUGAACACAGUUUGCCAUACCAUCCACAAAUGCUGGUUAAAGCUCUAUCAUGCAAAGAAGAAGCCAUAUGUGAACAUGAUCCAGAAACCUCACCGCCUUCUCUGGGCCAAAGCUCAUUUAAAAUGGACUGAGGUAAAGUGGAAAACUGUUCUGUGAUCAGACGCAUCAAAAUUUUAAAUUCUUUUUGGAAACCAUGGACGCUGCGUCCUCUAAACUAAAGAGGAGAGGGACCAUCCAGCUUUUUAUCAGCGCUCGGUUCAAAAGCCUGCAUCUCUGACGGUAUGGGGUGCAUUAGUGAAUAUGGAAUGAGCAGCUUGAACAACUGGAAAGGCACCAUCAAUUCUGAAAGUUAUAUACAGGCAACAUCUGCUUCCAUCCAGAUUCCAUCCCAUCUUUACUUCUGAGAGACUCCGCCUCUGUAAGAUACUCUUUUUAUACCCAGUCAUCUCACUGACCUGUUGCCAAUUAACCUAACUAGUUGCAAAAUAUUCCUCCAGCUGUUUCUUUGUACUAACACUUACUUUUCCAGCCUUUUGUUGCCCCCGUCCCAACUUUUUUGAGAUGUGUUGUGGCCAUCAAAUUCAAAAUAACCUUAUUUUUUCCUUAACAUGGUACAUUUCCUCAGUUUAACCAUUUUCGGUUUUCUAUGUUGUAUUGUAAAUAACAUAUGAGUUUGAGAUUUGCAAAUCAUUACAUUCUGUUUUUAUUUACAUUUUACACAGCGUCCCAACUUUUUUAGAAUUGGGGUUGUAUAUCCAUAGUUAAAGGGGGCUCUCGAGCUCUCGUAUACGGUAAUGGCUGAUGCAGACAAUAGGUUGUGUUCAUCAGUGGACUGUAGAUGGUAAAAUCUUGGCCUUGAAAUGCAUUAAAAUUGGCCUGACCUUUUUUUGCAUGUGGUAUUAAUGACUCAUCAUCGCUCUGUAUAUGAUUAAAACGUGUAUGUGGUUAUGUAUUACAGAAUACUAAUAGUCGAUGUCCUGCACUAAUGCUAUAUUUGUGCAAGACAAAGUCUUUCCUGAACAAAUGUGUGCCUUUGUAUAAAAAUCUGUUUGUAGUAUUCUUUGAUUGAUCAAGUGUCUAUUUGUCAUGUAAAAUGAGCCAAAUUGUUGUGCCUUGGGACAUUUUCUACAUGGAUUCCUCAAUGUGCAGGCAUCCUGCUAUAGUUUUACACAUUUUUAAAAAAAAAAAAAUAAUAAAUUGUAAUAACGACUACUCUAUUGCCUUUGUCCUUUGGGAAGGUGCAGCUCUAAGCUUCCUUCACAGAUAUGUGUUGCAUAUGGCUUGCACGAGCACUUAAAAGCAUGUCGUCAGUACGUAUGAUGUAUUGCAGAAAAUUGUAUAUAUAAAUCAAACAAUAAUCAAGUACGACUUGUCUGACCUGAAUUGAUUACAGUGUAAAUCACUAUACUGACUUUACUACAUUGCUGCAUUUUUCUUGUAACUUUGUAUAUGGUUUGAUUUGUGAAUGAAACUGUAACAUUGGCAAAACAUAUUUUAGGUGUUACUGAUGAAUCCAGUCACAGCAUGAAUUAAAUUAUUCCCUAAUGUCUGUGUCAGCCACCGAUUAGUAAUCAAUGUUUGAAUAAGUAUUUCUGUUCCUAGAAAUAUUAAUGGCCAGGCAACUGUUAUUAAAGAAAAGCACCAAGUAGAAAAGUUCAUUAGAACAGUGUAAAUUAACUAUAAUGGAGUUGUACCAUAACACACUGCAGUGGAAUAAUCUUUUUUUGUGUGUGUGUGAAUUGUUUUGUUUUCCUUUUUUUGUUCAUUUGUUCAUUUUAUUUUCUAUUAAUAUGAUUACUGAACCUGAGGAUUUAUGCAAUCUUGUGUGUAUAUAUAUAUAUACAUAUGUCUGAACCUGGUUAACUUUUACCAGUCUAGCUAGUACAAAUUUAAUACUUUAUUAUAGUAGACUUUGGUAGGAAACAGACAGAACUAAAAUCCAUGAUUGGAAUCUUCGGAUCAAUCUAACGUUGAAACCCUGGAUAUUGAAUGUAAUUAAAUAUAAACAGUACUCAAAUUCAAUUUAGAAAUGGGUCACUGGAAUGAAACGUGAACGGCAGUGGAUCUAUGAUGUAGCACUAGUUGUAUGAAUUUCGAUACGUGACGAAUAAAUUUUAAGUUAAACACAAAUGCAGUUUUCAAGUUUGUGUAUUUAUCGAGUGUAAGGAAUAGAUGGGAAUAAGAGAUGUAUUUUCUCAGGGUUUUACAGUAUAACUACAGAAUAAAGAUGUGUCCAAUUUCCAGUGGAAGCUGCAGAUUUAUUUGCUAAUUAAAAGGUCCAGACAAGUGACCUUUUAUAAUGAAGAAACAUAUCUCUUAUUUUGGUACCGUAUACAUUGAUUGAUAUUAGAAUAUAAGCUAUAUAUUCUAUAUUAGUGUUUAACUAUAUAUCAUAUACAGGUUGCUGUAUUAUUCGGUGUAUGUGAUUAUCGAUACAAAGCCACAACACAUUUACUGGGAGUUUUAAUUUAUGAAGGCUUCUUCAUGGAAUAGUUGAGUGUAUUGAUGGAAUUAAAGAUCAAAAUGGAUUUUCUUCACAAAACUUUAGGUAAGACAUUAUCAUUUAUUAUUAUUUAUAAUGCAUAAAAGUUUUAUUCAUAGUGUAUCAUUUAAAAUUGUUAACAUUUAUGUACACUACAGCAGUUAUGCAAUGGUUUACAAAAUCCAUGGAAUUAUUUUUUAUCAUAUUGGGAAUUAAAAAUAAUUUUUGAUCUUAA